ACUGUGAUCGUGUAAACAGCAUUCGUCCUCCUAAUAAGUCCUCUGUUAAAAUUAUAUUCCAUUUUUACGUUACAAAGCGAUUUGUACAUGUCGUAUUUCUUACCAUGAAUGUAUUGAAAAACAGCAUUAUAUGAUGUUUGGCGGAUAUUUCUCACCGCGCAGUACCGUGUUUCCCAAAAACAAAUAGAAAAUCCCUUUGUCUGGGGUAAACAAUGAACCCUAUUGGAUUCAUUAUCUACUACCUCCAACAACUGUGCAUCAUUUUCCAUGGAAGACUCAGCAGGCAGAUUGAAAAGUUCUCUAACAUCUUUCAAAUCGCACUCUGCAAAAUCCUUCGACAGCACAUUUGCCACUUCCUUUGUGGCUUCCACAGUCUCCUUGAAGAGCGUCUCAACACCACUCAAGUCACAGUCCGCAAUAUCCGUAAACAGCAAGUCGAAUUUUUCCUUUGUGGAUACUGCAGACUCGUUGAAGAGUGCCUCAACACCGCUCAAAUCGAACUCUUCCACAUCCCUAACCAACAGUUUUUUACUCUCCACCGUGCAUUCAGUGGCGUCUCUUGGCAGCGACUCAAGGUGUUCCCCUGAAGCAGGCGAAGCAGGCUUAAACUGUUGACUAACGUGGUCCAACGUAUGCUCUAUAAAACUCAUCAGAUCUUGUACGCAUUCCAUUUGGUCCUCUGAAUUACGCUUUAACGAAUCUGAUGAGCUUUUCGCAUUCUCUACCGAACCCUCUUUGAACACAGUCUUAAAACGCGUAAACUUGUCUUCAAUUUUACUUCUCAUCCAUUUUACCAUUUGCACAAAAUCUUCCGUUUCAGCAUUGGGCAACACUUUCAAGCCCUCUUCAGUCGAGCUCUCUACAUAGUCUUCCGAAAAAUCGCUCUCACUUUCGCCUCCUUCCUUACUUCGUGGACUAUUAAAAUCCGUAACUACUACACUUUCCAACUCUUCUUCUGAAUCGU